CUUCCCCCUAGCGCUUCACGGAUAUGAAGACCACCACUAACCUGUACCUGUCCUCCAUGGCUGUGUCCGACCUCCUCAUCUUCCUCUGCCUGCCCUUUGACCUCUACCGUCUGUGGAAGUACGUCCCCUGGUUGUUUGGGGAGGUGGCGUGUCGUCUGUUCCACUACGUCUUCGAGGGCUGUACUUACGCCACCAUCCUCCACAUCACCGCCCUCAGCAUGGAGCGAUACCUGGCUAUCUGUUUCCCCCUCAGAGCUAAAGUUGUGGUGACCAAACGCAGAGUGCAAUACGUCAUUAUGGCUCUAUGGACCUUCGCUCUGCUCUCUGCUGCCCCCAUGCUGUUUCUGGUGGGGGUGGAGUAUGACAACGACACCUACCCGGACUACAGUACGAGACAGUGUAAACAUACCAACUAUGCCAUCAGGUCAGGGCAGCUGCACACAAUGAUCUGGGUUUCCACUACCUAUUUCCUCUGUCCCAUGUUCUGUCUGGUUUUCCUCUACGGUUCCAUUGGACGGAAGCUGUGGAAGAGUAAGAACGACCUGCAGGGUCCAAAUGCCAUGACCCGGAAAAGGUCUCAUAGGCAGACCGUCAAAAUACUGGGUGAGUGA